AUGCUCAUGGAUUCUUCCUCAGCGGACGAAAAGUCCCCUCGUGUUAGCAACGAGAAGAAAACCCCCUCCAAGGAAGAUGUCGAGACCGGCGAGGCUGGCCUCGACAGGGCCAUGAGCUCGCGUCACCUGCAGUUCAUCGCCAUCGGCGGCACCAUUGGAACAGGUCUCUUCCUCGGUGUAGGCCCUGCCCUCGUCAAGGCUGGCCCCGUGUCGCUCCUCGUCGCAUUCGCCUUCAUGGGCUCCGUCGUCUACUCCGUCAUGGUCAGCCUGGGCGAGAUGGCUGCCUACAUCCCCAUCACUGGCUCCUUCACCUCGUACGCCGCUCGCUUCGUCGAUCCCACGCUGGGCUUCGCCAUGGGCUGGCUGUACUGGUUUAGCUGGUCUAUCACUUUUGCGCUGGAGCUCGUCGCCGCGGGAAUUAUUAUCCAGUAUUGGGAUUCGGAUCUUAGCAUCGCUAUCUGGAUUAGUGUUUUCUGGGCCUUGUUUACUGCGUUGAACUUUGUCCCCGUGAGGAUCUUUGGAGAGAUUGAGAUGUGGUUCUCCAUGAUCAAGGUUGUUACUAUCAUUGGCUUCAUCAUCUUCUCCAUCUGUGUAAACGCUGGUGUUGGCGAGGAGGGCUACAUUGGUUUCAAGUACUGGAAGGAUCCCGGCGUCACAAACACCUACAUGGACAUUGACGGCGCCACCGGCCGCUUCGUCGGUUUCUGGGCUGUCCUCGUCACUGCUGGUUUCUCCUACCAGGGCACUGAGCUGGUCGGUGUCGGCGCCGGUGAGACUGCCAACCCCCGCAAGGCCAUUCCCCAGGCUAUCCGCUGGACUUUCUGGGGAAUCUUCAGCUUGUUCAUGGCGACCGUUUUCUUUGUCGGAAUCAAUGUCCCCUUCAACGACCCCCGACUUGACUCUGGUGCACAGGAUGCUUCUGCUUCACCUCUCGUGGUCGUCGCCACUCGCGCUGGUGUCAAGGUUCUUCCUGACAUCAUCAACGCCGUUCUCCUCUCUGCCAUUCUCACAGCUGCCAACUCAAACGUCUACUCUAGUAGCCGUAUCAUGGUCGCGCUUGCUGAGGAUGGUCUUGCGCCCGCUUUCAUGAAGCGUACCAACAAGUAUGGAACUCCCUACUUUGCCGUGGCUUCAUGCUCCGUCAUGGGUCUUAUCGCCUACAUCAACCUUUCGUCCAGCGGAGCCGAGGUGUUCAACUGGCUUCUCAACGUCAGUUCCACCUCGUGCUUCAUCACCUGGGUCCUGAUCAACGUCUGCCACAUCCGCUUCCAGAAGAUCAUGCGUGUGCAGGGAAUUCCCCGCUCUGAGCUUCCCUACCUCGCUCCUCUCCAGCCUUACCUCUCCUACUACGGUGCUUUCUUCGUGGGCUUGAUCACCAUCACUUGUGGUUUCACCGCCUUCAUCGAUUGGAGCGUAGCCGAUUUCUUCUCCAACUAUAUCAGCUUGAUGCUUUUCGCCGCGUUGUAUGUUGGCCACAAGCUCAUCUGCCGAACCAAGGUUGUUCCUCUGGCUGAGGUCGAUCUGAGCAAGGGACGAGAGGAAAUGUAA